CCGGCGGAGCCCAGCCGGGCGAUACCCUGGACAGCGCCUCGCCGCAGCCCCGCCGCCAUGGAGCACCUGAAAGCUUUUGACCAGGAAGUAAAUGCAUUUGUGGACUAUAUGUUUGGACCUCGAGAUGCCAGGGUUAGAGGAUGGUUACUUUUGGACUCUUACCUUCCCACGUUUUUCCUCACUGGAGCAUACCUACUCUGCAUAUGGCUGGGCAACAAGUUCAUGAAGGACAGGCCUCCCUUCUCUCUCAGGGCUCACCUCAUUGUAUAUAACCUUGGGAUUACACUGCUCUCUUUAUACAUGCUCAUAGAGCUCAUCCUUGCCACAUUGGAAGGAGGCUACAAUCUGCAGUGCCAGAACCUCCACAGCGCAGGGGAGGCCGACAUCCGGGUAGCCAAGGUGCUGUGGUGGUAUUAUUUUUCCAAAGUAAUUGAAUUCAUGGACACUAUCUUCUUUGUACUGAGAAAGAAAAGCAGCCAGAUCACCUUCCUUCAUGUGUAUCACCAUGCCUCUAUGUUUAACAUUUGGUGGUGUGUUCUGAACUGGAUACCUUGUGGGCAAAGUUUCUUUGGACCUACUUUGAAUAGCUUUAUCCACGUGCUCAUGUAUUCUUAUUACGGACUGUCAGUCAUCCCCUCUAUGCGCAAGUAUCUGUGGUGGAAGAAAUACCUCACUCAGGCACAACUGAUCCAGUUUCUGCUCACUAUUGUGCACACACUCAGUGCAGCUGUGAAGCCAUGUGGAUUCCCAUUUGGCUGCCUCAUGUUCCAGUCCUCUUACAUGGCCACACUGGUCAUUCUCUUCAUUAACUUCUACAUUAAGACAUACCGGAAAGCGCCUUCAAGAACGGCUAUAAAGGAACACCCUGCCGCAACAGAAAUCAAGAACGGUUUCCAUAAGGACUACUUCGCUGCUGCCAAUGGAUUCCUGAAUAAUAAGAAAGCACAAUAAGUAUAGUAUUUCCUAUGAUUUUUUUUUCUAAAAGAAGAAAAAAAAAAAAAGACUGAGUUACAAGCUUUAGCUUAAAACCUGUUUGAUUACAUUCAUCAGUUCUUUGUACCAGACACUUGUUAAUGUACUGCUAUUUAGGUUUUAACAAAACUAGUAGAAUUACUUGUCCUGUCAGAGAUCACCAUCAGAACAAAGAAGGCCAAGAUCUUUCUCAUAUGAAAAAGAAAACCUUUCUGAUCUCUCAUGCUGACACAAAAACGCCUUAUAAAACACUUGAUGGAUAAAUCCAUCAACACCUUGAAAAGAUUAGGACUCUGUUCAGACUAACACAGCGAGCGCAUUCUUGCACGUCAGAGGUCUUGAGGCUGGGCUUUGCAGUGUACCCAACACAUUCAGCUAACUGAGGUCAAGGUCAGGGAAAGGAAGGGGGGAAAGAAAAAAAAACAACCAAAAAAGGGGGUGAGAAUUGUACCUUUUGCAUCACCAUACCCCUCUCUGCUUCUUCCUAGCCGUUCUCCAAAGCACACUCCCUCCCACGGACACCAGCAAGGUGCAGCCAUCCCUUUGGUCCGUGGGAACCCUGAGAAAGGACGUAACAGAGGGCAGAGCCCAGGUGAACCAUCCCAUAGUUUGCAGACAGACAUAACACGGUGCUUGCUUGUUUUAUAUACGAGCAACACAACUCAAACGCUACAAAGGCUGGCAAGAGGCUUGCCACUUCAGGGGGCUGCACUGGCAGCACCUGGGAGUGCCCCGUAUGGUAUUCAACACACAUGAUAUCACAUGAUAUGAGGUUUCUGAGCUCUAGUCAGAGCAAAACAAGACACUUCGGAUAUGUUAAAUCAAUAGGAGUUCUGAGUAAGUGGAUAUUGAAAGAAAUAGGAGCUCAACAACUUAAUGAAGAUAAAUCCCUUGAGUGUAAAUGUGCACAAAGUUAAUCCUAUACAAUCACUGCUAAUCUGAAGCAAACUGACAUGCCACAUAUUAAUAGACUGGAAGACACAGAAAAUCUUAAAAGUGAAUUCAGUAAUGAGCAAAUCACAUUAUAUAGGAAUUUCUGUGCUAGGUGGGCCUUACUCUGACUGACCUGUGGCUGGAGAAACAGAUGGGACUGAGGCACAAUCCUCUGUAGGAAAAGCAAGGAGACGUUUGCCGUCUGCAGCUGUAACAGGUGUCUCUCACAAUAGCCAGUCACCAUAUUCUCUGCUUAUGUUAGCUGGAUUUACCACCCACUUAAACGGUUAGAAAUUAAGAAUACCCAUGGUGAGCUUUGGGGAUCUGCCCUUGCCCUUUUCUCAUUUAGCCCAUUUCAAAAUCUCUACUAAAAGUGGGCACGGCCUUUUUCCUCUCCCUUUUUCACAGUGAAGUAGUUCUGGUCUCUUCCAAUCUGGUGUGCAUAAAUUUUCUCAACAAAAAUAUCUUUCGGAGUCUUCCCAGCCCAGCAAGCCCCUGGACCGAAGCAGUUCUGUAAAGGGACUGUGUCCUCUCCCUCCCGUCACCCCACAGGGUCCCAGGCCAGGAAGAGGACUAAACACGUGCACAGCUAGCGCAGAGGGCCCCAGCAGCCACAGAGGGCCCACACAGAGAGGAGGCUGUCCCAAAACCUGCUCCUCCAAUUCUCCUCCGCCUCCUGCGUCAGUUAUCCCCUCUAGAUGAUCUGUGAUCAGGGGGUCUUGGAGACGGCAGAGAAGUUUGUCCCGGGGAGCGGUGUGGGCACAGGACAGCCAGCCUAGCUGGGAGCAGCCCAAGAGGCUGCAGCCAGGAGGGUUCACGGAUAGGAAAGGAAUGGGCUGAGUAAGUGGUACAGGAUGGGGGAAGCACAGACUAUUUUGUCCCAGCAAAAGCAAGAGAAGGAAGUGGCACAGAGAAGCGUGUCUCAGGACAGAGUUCAGUUUAAGUUUGUGCUUGAAAGUCCCGUUGGAUCCCAUCUGUCUCCAGGCAGUUCCUGCUCCAGUACAAUGUGGACAAAACAUUUCUGCUCCAGCAGAAAGCUGAAAUCCCCACAAUGCUGCAGCACAGGCAGUACAUUUGGGGAGCCUAGCUUCUAAACUGCAUUGUCAUGCUCUGAGCAACCUGAUCUAAAGAUGUCCCUGCCCAUGGCAGGGAGGUUGACUAGAUGACCUCUAAAGGUCCCUUCCAGCCCAAACCAUUCUAUGAUUCUAUGAUCAUGAACUGGGCCACCAAAGUAACUGCAAUACCCAAACACUUUUAACAAGAUCGUGCAGAAGGCAACUAGCUGAGCCGCUCAUCUAAGGCAGGCAACAGAACAGUUGCAUGGCCCAGCGCGGAUUUUGGGCUGAGCAGAGCCCAUAACCUUUUGAUGACAAAGCAUGCAUUUGACUAUCAAGGUGGACAGUGUCAGCAUGUUAAGUGCUGAAGUUUACUAUGGCAACCAAACCCACAGAUAUUGUCUUUUGUUUUGUUGAAACCUCAUUCAAAAGAAAAAGAAAUAAGUAAAUGCCUUACUUGAAACUCAAAGGGCUGGGGGAAAAAAAAUUUAAAAAAUAAAAUAAAAAAAAAAAGAAAAACCAAGAUGGUCUCACCUUGCAGAUCCAGACUGGCCAGGAAGGCUGGAAUCAGGUAUGUUUUAAAUUCUUCAUAUCUGUCUUAACAUCUUCAAAAUGCUGCAACUUUGAAGAAAGAGAAGCGUUGACUUUUUAAACUGAUUUUUCCUGUAAUACAUAACACUGUAAAUAAACAAAUUUUACUAUCA